GCUUAAUCCAUUUGGCUAAAACAAAAAAUCAUUUGGAUAGUGGUCGAUCUAGCAUUUAGAAAUCCAACGGCCAGGAAAUAUGGUCAAGCUGUCUCCACUCCCAAUCUGAAAGAGAAAAAGAUCCAAAAGAUCCAGAAUAUCAAGCGGUUGCCUUCGACGUUAAGCGAGAGAACAAAGCACACGCGGAAAACAGAAUUCGGUAUUCGCAAUUGGCAGCUUAGAAAACGAGAAGGAAAAUAAAUCAGACCCAAGUUAGCAACCAAAAAAAAAGGGGGAAAAACUCAGACAGACCGACAAUGGCGUUGCAGUGGAUGAUUCUAACAUACGCGGUGGCAGCAGAGGCUGUGGUGGCUCUUCUCUUAACCCUUCCCUCUCCCAAGGUCUUGAAGAACCGUUUGGUCUCACUCAUCUCUCUCAUUCUGCAGCCUGCCCUCUUUAUAGUUCCCUUUGCCGGAUUCCAACUCUUAGAUAUCUACUGGAAGAACGAACACCGCUUGAUGUGUACCUCUGAGAUCUGCACCGCUGCCGAGAGAGAUCGUUACGAGAAAUCUAUCUUCAAAGCUCAAAGGAAUGUAAUUUUGUGUGCAACUGCAUGCCUCCUUUAUUGGUGUAUCUUCCGCAUUUGCAAGUAUCAUAAGGAAAUUCAGAAUUUGGAGGAAAUAGAGAAGAGAUACAAGGAUCAGUAGUUUCUUGUCAUUUGUGUUGACCAGAUAAUGAGAUUGGCUUAUAAAAAAUUCAGAGUGCUUUUAAAACAAACACAAACACCCAAUACUUCUGGAGAGUGUUAUGUAUUUGUGGUAUUUGUAUUUCUGUGUUUCAUGCCCUAUGGCAUGUUUACAUUAUAGCUGAAGCUCAUGCAUUUUUCUCGUUGAAUGGAAAUUGUAACGCUUUUGGUUGUUA